AUGCCUCAGUUGCUGAACGGUACAGAGAGACUUACUAGGCACCGAGGAGCGACGCUUUUUUAUGUUUAUCAACAAGGGCUAAGGGAUGCACUGAUAUAUAUAGGCAGUACUUAUGGCAAUCCCAAAAUCAUUGUCAUUGAGAAUGGAUACCCCGAGAAACGAGACAACACCAUUCUAGUGGAGAUUGCCAUACAAGAUGAUGGUCGAAUUCAACAUACAAUUGGUCAUCUUUACGCAAUUUCAGAAGCGAUAAAGGCGAGAACAUACAUCAAAGGUUACCACAUGUGGGCUUUGAUAGAUUGUAUGGAAGUGGGAUCAUUUUAUAAUGUUCAGUUUGGCCUUGCUUACGUAGACUAUCUCAACAAUUUAGAGCGAAUAACAAAGAAAUCCUUAGGUUGGCUCUAUUCUUUCUUGAAUGAACCGGCACCCAAACCCACACCUGCACCUGCACCCAAAAAACGGAAAGCAGUCGCUGUUUGA